CUCUCUCCUCUUUCUCCCUCUUGAUAUUGAACCGACACGGGCUCCGCGUAGGAUUCGAAGCUGGUUGUACUACUGAAACGAGUCACCUCUUCUUCUUUCUUCCAACUCACAACCUCUCUUCUCCUCUUCUUUCUUUCUCUGUUAGAGUCUUCAGUUAUUGACCUUUCCUCACUGAGUGACACGGUUCAUCGUGUGAAGAGAAUUCAGAGGCUUGGGUUGUUAAUUCUGUGGAUAUAUCAAGGAUGCAGACCAUUUCUCCCAAACAACAUGGAGGGAACUACAACAAUCCCAUUGCUCAGCUAUCCACAGUUACUUCUGUGCCUUGGUGGAGCGCUCUUGGAUCACAAGCAGUCUACCAUGGUCAGACGUUUGGUGUGAAGUCACUAUCAGUGGGCCCUGCUACUGGUGGAGACCAAGUUCAAGCUUCUUGUAGACAAGUACAGCGUGCUACAGACCCUGCGCCGCAGAAGGAGAACAACACUACUUCUCAAUUCACUAUCGUUUCUGGUGAUGGAAAAGACUCUCUGAAGGCCCAAAAAGCUCAGCAACUUCCUUCGAUCAUCUCUCGGCAAUCAUCUCUGCCUGAGUACCAAGCUCGCGUUGAACUAGGACUUGCUCAACCUAUGAUUUGCACAAAUUAUCCCUAUAUGGAUCAAUGUUAUGGUGUGUUCGCACCCUAUGGAGCUCAAACAGCGGGGCGCAUGUUAUUGCCAUUAAAUAUGACAACUGAUGAUGGACCUAUUUAUGUAAAUGCUAAGCAGUACCAUGGAAUCAUUAGGCGUAGGCAGUCUAGGGCAAAGGCUGAGAUGGAGAAUAAAGUGAUCAAAGCUCGGAAGCCAUAUCUACAUGAAUCACGCCAUCUCCACGCAAUGCGUCGAGCAAGAGGAUGUGGAGGCCGCUUCCUGAACAAGAACGCAAAAAGUUGGAAGGGUGGGAGUGAUACUGGCAAAGCAGCUGAUCAGAGGCAAUUUUCGCUAUCUGAUGGCUCUCCAAGUUCUGAAGUUUUGCAAUCUGACAGUGGAAACCUAAAUUCAUCAAAGGAGGCAUCUGGUGGUGGGUCAAAUCUAUCAGGGUCAGAUGUUACUAGCGUGUACUCUGGAGAUGUCAAUCACUUUCAGAUUGAGCAUCUCCGCUCAUCUCCCUUCCGCUCUUUCUCAAACAUUAUGAGUAGUGGGCAGGGUAUCAAUAUGCCCAACAAGUGGGUUGCAGCAGAUGGCCGCUGCGACCUCCUCAAAGUUUGAAUGCAGGGUUGACAUUGGGGUUGUGUAGAUUGUAGCUUCAGUUUGUCAGCUUUGCAGAAAGCGUUAGAGCUGAGGCUAAAUCCUACUUGAGCAACCCCAUCCCUGCAGCAGCUAAAUGGAGGAGCUAUGUUGCAAUGCUCUUUUUGGGUGUUGCAAUAGGCUCUGGUUAAGUGAUUGUCACACCACCAUUUUUUUGCUGUUGUCAAAAGGCAAAUCAUUCUUGGCUCUUACAUUGAGGUUCUUCUGGUAACCCACAGUCUUAGUGCUGUCGAUGGUGCUGAGGACAACCUUAAUGUAUUGUAAAAAAAACAUUCCCAUCAGGAUGUUGGGUCUUGAUCAGUUGUUGGGUAGAAUCUGGAAGUUUGGAUUGUUAUGUUUGUGUUAAAUUAAAAGAUUGUGUGGGACUAAGUAUGUUGGGUCUUGUUAGGUUCUAACACUUAUUUCUGUUGUUUGGAUGUCUGAACUCUAUAUAAGACCAUAUAUUGUAUGAAUAUUUGGGGUGUUGUGUGCCA